AUGUCUGAUCCGUAUCCUCCGGGGGUGUCAGCCCCUCCCCUCGUCAUUACCGAUACCGAUAAAAGAGGCGUGAUAGUGGUUGUGACAAUAGUCACUCUGGCAUUUCUGCUCGUUGCGUUCUUGACGCGAAUAUGGGUCAGGCUACGAGUGAGCGGUCCAUGGUCGUACGAUGACACCACGUUGACUGUCGCGACGAUCAUCGGCAUCGGUCAAUCCGUAGCCGUCUUUGCUGAAGUCCACGAAGGCUUUGGACUCACCAAAUCCUCCCUCAGCGACGGCGACAUUGCAAGCGUCGGUCAGGCCGACUAUGCAAGCACUCUAUUAUAUCUCGUCGCCCUGGGCCUCUCCAAGUGCUCCGUCAUUGCCCUGAUCAUGCGCCUAACCUCCAACCGUCAACACCUCGUCGUGCUGUACAUCAACAUAGGCGCUGCUGUUGUGUGGGCGCUUUCCUCCUUCUUGCUCAUCACUAUCGCUUGCAGCCCUGCUCAACCGUUCCGCGAUCUUGCUUCUCAAUGUUCCGGUCUAUUCGCACGCUGGCAGUACGUCUGCGCGCUCGACAUCAUCACAGAGAUUUCCAUUUUCGCCAUGUCGAUCUACCUCGUCUUCGGGCUACAAAUGGCGAUACGAAUGAAGGCUAUGGUCGUGCUCGCGUUCGCUCUGCGCCUCCCUGUGAUCGCUUGGUCCGCCACCCGCCUCUACUACCUGCACCGCCAAGUCUACAGCGACGACCCCACCCUCGCGGGUUACCUCGCUGGCGUGUGGACGCAAGUGCAAGUCAGCUACAGCCUGAUUGCCACGGCCGCGGCUUGUCUAGGACCUUUCAUUCGGCCCUUUACCAAACCAUACCUGGCGGAAGCGAGCUCCGGGCCGGGCAGCAGCCGCCUGCGCACCACUGUCCCGGAUGGGUACAACCUGAGUAAGAUAACGGGCAAGCAUAGCGGAUCCGGAUCAGAUUCACGGUCUCGGUCCCGCAAGAGCCGCGGUGGCAGCCAAGGCAAUAGCAGGACGCUGGCGGGACAGAUCUAUCCUGGUUCCACGUCGCAAAGCACGGCGUGUUACGACCCGCCUCGAGCAGGAGCCAGAGGAGCGCAAGAUGACAGCAUACAUGGCGCAAGGGCCGCUAGUCGGCAGAGUUUGGACAGCCACGACAGCAAAAAGAUGAUCAUUACCAAGGGCGUGGAGUGGACGGUUGAGUACGAUGGGCAGGAUAGUGCUGCUAGAGCCGGUACAGUGGGAUCCAACGAGAGCAGUCAGGUUUAG